CAUUCUACCAAAUCUUAAGCGAAUAGUUGUUGCUUAUUGUUGUACUCCAUCAUACAAUGGCUUCUUCAACAAAACGCAAAAGGAUUCACGACGUUUUCUUGAGUUUUAGAGGCACGGAUGUGCGUAACAACUUCCUUAGUCAUCUCUACAAAGCGUUAGUCCAUAAUGGAAUAGAGACUUUCCAGGAUAGAGAGAAACUGGAGAAGGGUGACCAAAUAUCGCUGGUACUCAUGAAGGCCAUCGAGCAAUCACACAUCGCGAUUAUCGUUUUUUCGGAGAAUUAUGCUUCCUCAAAAUGGUGCUUGGAAGAGGUGGUGAAGAUUAUGGAGUGCAAGGAGCAAAGGGGCCUCAUUGUUCUACCAUUGUUUUAUAAAGUGGACCCAAAAGAAGUGAGAGGGGGGAGAAAGAGUUAUGGGAGAGCUCUGGCUGAGCACGAGUCCAAAUUCGGGAAGGAUUCAGAGGAAGUGAGAAAAUGGAAGAAAGCUCUUUUUGACGCUGGUAGCUUAUUCGGGUGGCAUUUCAAUGAUGGAGAUGAGUCAGAGCUUAUACAAAGCAUUGUGGAGAAGAUCUCCGCUUUUGUAGACCAAGUACCUUUGCAUCUUGCCAAGCAUCCAAUUGGGAUAGAGUCCCGAGUGGUUAAGCUAAAAUUGAUGUUAAAUGCGGACUCUAGUGAUGAUGUUGUUAUGAUGGGAUUAUGGGGACUGGGAGGCAUAGGCAAGACAACCUUAGCAAAAGCCCUUUACAAUGAUACUAUUAGACAAUUUGAGGGUUCAUGUUUUUUAGCAAAUGUUCGAGAAACUUCAAAAGGUCACAUGGGUCUAGUUACUUUGCAAAAACAAUUACUAAAGGAUAUAUUACCAUUGCAACAAAGAUUAGAAGUGUCCAAUGUUGAUGAAGGUAUUAAUAUAAUACAGCAUAGACUUCAUCACAAAAAAGUUCUUCUCAUUUUGGACGAUGUGGAUGACUUGUGCCAAUUAAAUGCUUUAGCAGGAGAAUGUAAGUGGUUUGGUAAUGGGAGUUGGAUCAUUGUUACUACAAGAGAUAAACAUUUGUUGACUGUCCAUGGGAUAAAUCAAGAUCAUGUGUGUGAAGUUAAAGAACUGGAUAAUAGUGAAGCUCUUGAGCUGCUAAGUAAGCAUGCUUUUUUGACACACUCAAAUUUGAAGAUCGGGACAGAUCUAGUGGAUAGUAUUCUGAAGCAUGCUAAAGGCCUUCCUUUAGCACUUGAGGUGCUGGGUUCCUUCUUGUGUGGUAGAAGAGAACAUGAAUGGGAAAGUACACUAAAGAAACUUUCCGAAGUUCCUAACAGUAAAAUCAAUUAUGUGCUCAAAAUAAGUUAUGAUGGACUAGAGGAAAAUGAGAAAGAAAUUUUUCUUGACAUUGCCUGCUUCUUUAAGGGGAGGAAUAGUAAUUACAUAAAGGAAGUUCUUGAUAGUUGUGAUCUUGCAGCGGCAAUAGGAUUAGAAGUUCUCAUUGAGAGGUCUUUGAUAAAAAAUGAGUAUAUCAUAGAAAUGCAUGACUUGAUUCAAUCCAUGGGUAUGGAAAUUGUGAACCAAGAAUGCCGAGAUAAUCCCAAGAGACGUAGUAGACUAUGGCGGUAUGGUGAUGUUUGUGAUGCUUUGUCAAGCGAUGAGGGAGAUUGUGCUGUAAAAGCCAUUGUGUUGGAGCCACCUAAGCUGAAAGAGCUAAGUAUCCAUCCUAAUGCUUUUCCAAAAAUGAGAAAGUUGAAAUUGAUCAUCCUACACAAUGUUCAUAUUUCUUUCCAAGGCCCUAUAUGUCUUCCUAAUGAGCUAAGAUGGAUGGAAUUUGAUGGAAGUGGUACUUGGAUUCCAAAAUUUCCUUCUGGUCAAAAGAAAUUAGUAUGUAUUGAUAUGAGGAAAGGCAGUAUCACAGAAGUAGUAAAACACUUUAAGGACUUCCAACAAUUGAGGUACAUUAAAUUGAGUGAUUGCGAGUCGCUCGUUAGUACACCCAACAUCUCAUGUGCUCCAAAUCUUGAAGAAUUGAAACUCUGGAAUUGCAAAAACUUGGUAGAAGCCCACGAGUCAAUUGCAUAUCAUGACAGGCUCCAAGUCUUGCAUUUUGAAUGGUGCCCUGAACUUCGUGUUUUUCCAAAUGUGCUCAAGUCAAAAAAUCUUCGAGAUCUCAAUCUUUUCGCUUGCUCAAAAUUUGAAAGAUUCCCUGAUAUUCCAGAUGAACUCAGAGGCCUGAAAAAACUUUCCAUACUAGAUACCGCUUUAAAAGAACUUCCUACAUCAAUAAAAAAUCUUGUCUCUAUAGAGGAAAUAUAUUUAGAGAUGGGCAAAAACCCUAUAAGUAGUCCAUCUAACAUUUACAAGUUACAAAAACUUCAAUGGUUCAAAUAUUUUCUCCGCCAAAUUGUGUUUCCAAACCUCUGGAAUUCAGCUGAUCCAUGCACGAAGAUUGGACUUCCAAAUUUAAAUUUGUCAGACCUUUUAAAUUGUAAUUUGUCCCAAGUAGAGUUUCUUGAGGAUCUUUCUUGUUUUCCCUCAUUGAAAUUCUUUAAUCUGUCGGUGAACAAUAUUACUAGCCUUUCUACAUCCAUCAAGUGUGAUCGUUUGUCCACAUCGUCAAUUAGUAAGGACUUCAAGCAAUUGACGUCCGUUGAAUUGAGUGAUCUGCGAGUCGCUCGUUAUUACGCCCAACCUCUCAUGUGCUCCAAAUCUCAAAGAAUUGAAACUCUGGAAUUGCAAAAACUUGGUAGAAGCCCACGAGUCGAUUGCAAAUCAUGACAAGCUCCAAGUCUUGCAUUUUAAAUGGUGCCCUGAAUUUCGUGUUUUUCCAAAUGUGCUCAAGUCAAAAAAUCUUCGAGAUCUCAACUUUUCUGUUUGCUCAAAAUUUGAAAGAUUUCCCGAUAUCCCACAUGAACUCAGAUGCCUGAAAAGACUUUCCAUACUACAUACUGCUAUUAAAGAACUUCCUACAUCAAUAGAAAAUCUUGUCUCUCUAGAGGGAAUGCUCUUAGAUAUUUGCAAAAACUCAGUAAGCAUUCCAUCUAAUAUUUACAAGUUACAAAAACUUCAAUGCUUCAGAUCUGCUUUUGGCCCAAUCGUGUUUCCAAACCUCACGGAUUCAGCUAAUCCAUGCAUGAAGGUUGGACUUUCAAAUUUAAAAAUCUUAGACCUUCUCAAUUGUAAUCUAUCCGAAGUAGAGUUUCUUGAGGAUCUUUCUUGUUUUCCCUCGUUGGAAAAGUUAAUUCUGUCGGGGAACAAUAUUACUAGUCUCCCUAUAUCCAUCAGUAAGCGUGAUCGGUUGUAUGAAUUGUCAAUUAGUUAUUGCCAUCAAUUACAAGAGAUUCCCAAGCUUCCGCCAUUUUUAAAUUUACUGCUCGCGAAUGGGUGCGAAUCUCUACAAACAAAUGGACAUUUAACUUCAAUUGAUCAGUGGGUCCAUCGAGGAUUGACCGUGGUUGACACUGCUUCAAUUGCCGAGAAUUUUCCUCGCACUACUUUUGUUCUCCCUAGAGGAGAGAUGCCAAAAUGGCUUCAACCAGUUGAAGAUGGUUUUGUAUCUUUCAUGGCUUCAAAGGAUUUAUAUGACAAAUUUCUUGGAUUGAUUUCAUGUGGCGUAUGUAACAAUGAAAGCAAUCAUUGCCCGGUUCCCGUUAUCCAACAUUGUAAUGGCAAAGCU